CUUGGAUCUAGAACCUCCUUAUCAUCGAUUACUUUUCAAGAUAAUGUUCUGCAUUCGCAAUUGUUCUGAGGCUAACCCUAUUCUGAAAGAUGCUUCUCACACCUUAAUCAAGCUGUCACAAAGUGAGAGGAGCGAUACGGCCCCUAGUAUGUCAUUAAGUCUACUCGACGAAGCACUUUAUAUAUAUGCCUCCGUUCCUUUUCAAGGCACACAUGUUCUCACUAUCGUUAUAUGUGUUGUCCCUUUCAGUACGCCGCAUCAUCGUGGCCAGAUAUUUCAUCACGUUGAGGCGACGUAUGCUCAAUGUUGCAAAGACUUGGACGAAAAGGAUUUCUUUCCAAUCAUUGCCAACAUUGCGCAAGGAAUAUACAACAACUGCGUUAGUCACCACGUUUGGAACUUUAGGACCAAUGAUGCAUGGUCAGUUGCUCUAAUCUCUUCCAAUGGUCGUCUAACUCUUAUAACAUCAUGCAGGCAACAGCUACCGAUUCCCAAGAAAGUCGUGCAAAAGUGUAGAACCUGCUCAGAAAGAGCAGCCCUAAUAUUUGGCUACGUUGUUGGCUUCCCAGAAGCUAGACCUAACAAAGAAGUUUUUUUCAGUCCUGUCCACCCCCAGAACAGCUCAGAAAUGUGCUUUGAGCAACACAUCUCCAUGGAAAAGUCACUAGAGCAGGCAUUGGAACGUUCCGCUAGCCACCUCGAAUACCCGCAUAUCAAUGCCAAAAUGAAGGAGGCGGGGUUUGAAGGGACAUCAAGAAGUCUUAAAACUCUCCGCGAAGAAACAGUCUUCAUCAAUCAGCUUGUUGCAACAGUCGAAACAGAGUAUGGAGCAGGGGUAGCCUCAUUAGUCUUGUACUUCGUCUUUGACUCUUCAAAUUAUCAUCUCAUCCGCCUGAUGAAUCGAUACAGUACUGCCAGAAAGAGGUAUGCGAUUCGGAGAAUCUGUCAGGACCUGAAUGUCGCUGAGCUGGGCGAGAUCACCCUCCCUAUACUGCGAAUCCACACGAUCAUAAGAGAGCAUAUGCUAAGCCUGCAGUAUGUUCAUGAGAAUAACACUGCGAAGCCUUGUUAA